GGUCGCUCACUGGUCAAUAACGACCGUUCGCGCAGGGAGCUCUGCGUUGCGCAAGACCCUUCACGCAUCAAUUUGCGUUCCAGGAUAACAGAAAGCAAAACAGCCAUGAGGGUCUAUAUUCUCCUACUCCUCCCAGUUAUCCUCUUUGCAAGUAGAGUUUCCGCAACCGUUUACGCACUCCUCAAUCAAAGUUUCCUACCUCCGACUGGAGUCCGCCCGCUGAGAAAUGUAGAUUUUCCUCUCCUUCGGACCGAAUACACAUCGUUAGCGGGCAGUCCCAACCGGGCAACGUUCCAUGACCCUAACGCGAUGGGCGUUUGCCGCUUGGCAAAUUUCAGCGCGGCGUACGAAGCUUUGAAUCCAACAACGCUCCUCAAUCCGAACUUGGCUUUGAUCAGCGUUGCUGACGCUUACGGGGCUGGAUGUCCUCGCUACCAGUAUUUGGCAUACGCGAAUGGGUGGCACGAAGAGUGCGCCGACGGGAUGGAUGUGAUUCAGAUGCUUAGCAGACCCGGUUUGCUUCCUUGCUCAACGACAGCAACUAGGCCGAAACUAGCGUUAUGGGUUCAGCUAGGCCCGGUGGAUCCGUGGUGUUGUCAAGAUCCGCUUUUCGGAUCGCCCUCGCCCUUAUAUGGGUACAACAUGGAAGUAUGUUCCCCGGAGUAGUGCGGAGGCUCGAAUGGUUGACAGCUGUGGAGAGCACAUUUGACCGGGGACCUAUUGGUUGCGGUAGGAGAUUCAAUCUCUCGUUCCCCAGACGGGCAUUUCGAUCGAAGAUGCGAUGUAUUUCUUCGAACACAGCAUGAUCGCUUAUAUCAACGUCACCUCCGAGGACGCGCAGGAGAAGCACAGCAAAACCAUGAGAUCAAAAGGAUUCGAUAUCUUUAUGAUUGCCCGGCAAGCUGUCAGUUUGAUCUAUCUGCUAGUGGAAGCUGU